AUGUCGGAAGAGUUCGAAAUGUGGCUGCAAAAUCUGUGUGAUACGUUCAAAUCUUUGACGGAUAUUCAAAGAAAUACGACAGUGGAAUGUAUCAUAAAUCUAUGUGGACCAGAGCAGCUUCGUUUUCUAUCCACAAAACUAGAACUUCUCGUAAAAAGAGACUACCUCAAGUGCUUACCUUUGGAGCUGAGUUUUCACGUGUUGAAAUGGUUGGACCCUGUUUCCUUGUGCCGUUGUUGUCUUGUGAGUAAGAUAUGGAACAAGGUUAUUUUGAGCUGCGAUGGUGUUUGGCAAAACGCUUGUAAGCAACUUGGGUUGAAUGUCGAAGAAGAACUUGCAGAAAAUUCAAGUGCAUCUUGGAAACAUGUUUACUCUUUACAUACCCAAAAUAUAAGAAAGCUCAAAGGUGAAAGAGCUGUUGAGAGGAAACAACUUUAUGGUCACACAGCUCGGGUGUUUGCUUUGUAUUAUCAUGGAAAUUAUUUGGCAACUGGUGAGAUUAUACGGGUUGUGAAUAAGCGACCCAACGCUUGGUUGUACAAAAAAUGUUUUGAACGGAAUGUUCCAAUUUGGAUCCUCCCCACCCCUCCCUCAGACAGAUAGCAGGGAGCUUCAGCAAAAAUGUUUUAAGGGGUGCAUGUCAACCAGAAGUGGACUUUGUGCAUUCUUGGACAGUGAUGUUGCCCAAAUAUUGGGCAGAUUGUCUCCAUUAGAGUGAAGACACUUUGUAAUACAACUUUGUUAGUGUCAAGACAUUUUAGACAGGAAAAGGCCUCACCUCCAGUCGACAUACGUCAUUUAUAAAUUUCUUUGCUUAAGCUCCCUAUUUUUCUUUGUAGGAGCCAUUGCUGUUGUUGUUGUUAUUAUUAUUAUUGUUGUUGUUUUUAUUAUUAUUAUUUUUGUUUUAGUAAAGUAAACAUGUUAGGAUCAAUCUUCAUUCCAAGAGCACUAAAAGAAUUUCAGUUUUGGUUAGUCUUGUUGUGGAGGUGCAAAUAAAAAGCGUAACAACCCUCAAAUGUUAUUUUGUCAAGGUUGAGGAUACUUUAAAAUGAUUUACCAGUAGUUUUAGUGUGAAGAAAUCAGGGAAUUAUGGCUUUGUUUUCCUUUGUUUGUUUGCUCUGAGUAUAAACUACUCUCCAACUAAGCUUAAACCUGUCCAAUUUUUGCCAUCAUUGUGACUCUCCUGAUGUCAUUCUUUUGGUAGGAUCUGAUGACCGGUCAGUGAGACUUUGGGACUUAACAACAGGACACUGUGUAUAUGUUCUGAAAACCCAUACAUGUGCAGAUAUUUGUUUUGAUGAUGACAAAGUCAUUACUGCAUCAUUUGAUAAUACUGUUGGUAUGUGGGACUGGAAAACUGGAGAUGUCUUACAGUGCUUCAGGGGUCACACUGCAGCAGGUAAUCUGGAGUUUAAAGUGCAUACCUUAAUGUCCUUGAAGGUGUGUAUGGUCAAGUGGUUAACACCUUGAAUUCCAGAUUUGGAGGUCUGGGUUUCAAGCCUUGCCCAUUGCGUUUUUCCCUUAGACAACGAACUUUACUUCACUUUGUCUCUCUUCUCCCAAGUGUAUAAAUGGACUACAUGUAGAGGUGUUUAUUUGAGAGGGGGUAUCAAUUAAAUCAUUUAUAAUUGUAAUUUUUUUUUGUUAUCUGAUAAUGGAUUCUGGUACGAUUCUCAACUCAAGCAUGUGAACUACAGUGUAUUGAAAUUAUUUUAAAAUAUAGGACGUUCCCACCAAGACCUUGCAGUUUAAAAUCUAAGACAGAGAAAUACAGGUUUAUUCUGAAGGCCUUCUGAUAAUUUGUGAAAAAAUAUUGAGAAAUUAUAGAAUUUCAAUGAGGAUGUCACAUUAUGCAGCAGAAAAUGUGUAUCAUAUGGCACAUUUUUUGAUUUUUCAUGAGAGGAUUGAAGAUCAUAUGGUACAUUUUGUGAUUUUUCAUGAGAAGAGUUCACAAAGAACUCUUGCAUUCAAUAGAUUCACAACAAAAUUAUAAUUAUAUUUCAGAGGCUUGCGCCUUGAGUUUAAAAUGUUUCUAAUCUUGGCUAAUUUAAAAGUGAAUUUAAGCUCAUGAUUUUGUAAUUUUGUCUUCAACAACAAUUUCCUAAACAUGUAGCUCCAUUUAAGACCACACCACUCCGAUUUUUAUCGUUUCCUACUAAUAAAUCAACUGCUAGGAAAACCUACUCUUCAAAUUGUUGAGGUGUGAUAAAUCAUUGUUGAAACGUGUGAUCACCAGAAGUACAAGUCUCUUUCCUUUUCCACCUGCUCUAGUUUUUACAGUUGAUUACUGUGAUGAUCAGGACACAGUUGUAAGUGGCUCGGCAGAUUCCACUGUCCGAAUAUGGAAGAUGUCAACAGGGCAGUGCUUACAAACCAGAUAUGGACAUACAGACUGGGUAAUAAAGGUGAGAUUUGUAGCUUUUAAAUAGAAGACAGGGUUCCCCAGACACUCUGAUGACUGGCAAAAAUUUCUGUCUAGUCUUCAUGGAAGCCCUAGACUAAGAGUAGUCCCCCAUUUUUCCUCAGGGAUAGUAGAGCAAGCGAAACGCGAGCGCGCAUGAAAAUCACCCCACGCGAGAAAAGGCAACACGCGGCGGGGUGAUUUUCACGCGCGCUCGCGUUUCGCACGCUUUACUAUCCCUGAGGAAAAAUGGGGGACUACUCAUAGUCUAUGGAAGCCCUGGCUGCUUACAGAAAGUAAUUUUUUUAAGGGGGAAAAUAAAACUGCCGAAUUUUUUUUUGCAAGACUUGACUGGGUGAAAGCAAACAAAAUAUAUAUAAAGCAAAUAUGGGUAAAGAAAGGUCCCAUUUUUAUCCCUAAAAAUUUUCCCUGGUUGCUCAAGAAAAUGCACUGAAAUGCAGGGCUCCCCAAAUUAAAGUUUUCCCAAGGGCGCAUCCCAAUAUCACUCCACUGGAUGGAACUGAUCGCCUUUUCCACGUCUAUAUACCUGCCAAGUGUCACGGGGGGUUUAUGAGAUACAAUGUAAAGGUCUAAGUGAUGUAACCUCAACCUCUUCUUUUGUUCGAGUACAAGCAAAUAUAAGGCAUUUUGGAAGAAGAACCUGGAACCGGAAACCUUAUAUUUGUACGGCUUCUCUCCGCCAUAGUUUCCACUCAGUUCGUAUUGAUAGCUGCAGUUUAAGCAAACUCUCGUUAUCAGUCUCCUAUACAGCUUUCUUUCGAGUUUUCCAGUAGCCUGUUCCAGUCGAUCAGAUCGUGAGAUGUGACCAGAAAAAAAAAAAACAGUGAGGGGAAGGGUAGGGGGUGAGAGCGACACUCCUCUCACCCUCGCCCUCUCCUCCCCCUUAUUUAUCCCGCCCUCUGACCUCUCGCCAGACUCAACCAUUUAAACACCUGGGACAGGCUUGUUGUCAUGUAACAGAAGCAUUGUGUGACCUGUUGCAUGAUGAUACAAAUAACUUGGUCUAGCACAAGGGGAAGGUUUAAAGAUGCUCCGGACACGAAAUUCUCACGUGAAAGAGAAAUAGAUCUUAUUGCAACCUCUAUGUGCCAGAUACUCUAUUAAACGCGGUCCAGGGGGUGUCACUAGAAAUUUUCUUGGGCUACGCACGUUUUUCAAAUCCACCCUUCAAACUCUUCUACCAAAUCGUACUCCCGCGGGUGACUUGAUUGAAUUUCCGUUUUUUGGCAGUGAGGUAAUUAUCUCAUCUCCUCACAAUAAUCUCUGUUGGUCCUAGAAUCGUGUUCUUUAGGAUCUUUUGUUUUCUUUGUUCUACGUCAGCUGUGAGUAAUACAUUAGAUUACACUGGAGAUGAGCCGUUCUCCGUUUUUAUUAGAGAGCCUAAGCAACAACCACGGUGACGGCUACGAAAACAUCACUUAAAAAGAGAAUUCUCGCUGCCUCAAACUUUAUCGCGCUUAUUCCAUCUCGUUUAACUCGUCAAAUGCAGGCAAUUUUUUUUGUAGUUGAAUUCUAAAGCACUGUAUCAAAGUUCAGGAAAAGAAAAAGAAAGUCGUUGUCUUGUGUUCCCGUCCUUGACAACACCUGAAACUAAGCACUUUCACGUUGUAGCUGUUUAACGACGGCAAAAUAAAGUGAUGCACGUGCAAAGUUGUUGGUUGGUAACAUAAGCCUUUCGCUUUUUUGCCGUUCUCGUUGCCGUCGCCGUCGCCGUCGUCGUCGCCGUCGUCGUCGCCGUCGCCGUCGCCGUCGUCGUUGCUUAAGCUCCCUAAUUAUUUUUAACAUCGGCUACGCCCCUGUAACUAGCACAUGGCCAAUCCUAUUCCAUUUUUUAAAGGUUAUUCUCAGAAAAUCGCAAGUGGAAUCUCAAAUUAUAAAGAAAAACAAGUUGGUACUGCUGAGUAUGGACAAAUGUGCAAUUAAGGUAUGAUGUUGUUAAAAGGGAAGUAGAGAUUUAGAUCGUUGCAUCCUUAAAACCAUCUCCGGAAUUAAUUUAAUAACGAGAUAUCAGUGUUUUGUUUUUUAAAUUUCACUUCUUAAACCAUCAAAAUUGUCCAUCGAUUCGACAUGAGCUCUCCGCUGGCAGAGAGAAAACAACAUUCAUUGAUCCUUUAAGGACCUGUUUACAUGGAGGUAGGGGACCCCAGGUAGGUGGGGUGACCCGCCAUGGUUUACCUCACCUAGCUGGGGUCCCCCACGUCCAUGUAAACAGGCCCUAAGUCUGCGAUCAUUUGAAUUUUUUGUUAUGGUCUCUCAGUUUUUGUCCGUACUUUUUAGUGCUUUUUCAGGGAAAAGCCCGGCCUUUUUCGUUUUGUUUGUUUUUCUGUUUAGUCUUUUCAUGCAGUUUUUUCAUGUAGACUGAGAAGUCUGAAAGUGCAAAGUGACCAACAAAGUUUAAGUUCUAGUUACAUUCUGUUAGAUCGUUGCUCCCAGGAUAGGGGGUGGGGUAGCGGGAAUGCUCGUUGGACAAUUAGAAUGAAAACCCUAGGGAGACAAAUCCAGGUGUGACUCAGGCUUUACUUUACCCCUGAAAGAGACCUUACUAAAACAGGCUGCCAAUUACAACAGUAAAUUAAAGGGGUUUUGUCAAGAAAUUUGACAAAACUCAAACGGUAAGAACAGCCAUCAAAGCAACUUUUCAAAAUUCAGUUCAUAUGAUAUAUAUUUUUAAUACAGCCACGGCUUGUAUGUGUUGAGUCGUAUACUAAUGAGGAAAAGUGUAAACAGUGACGUCAGCAAAGAUUCGCCUAUAAGUUAAAACAUUGACUUUCUACCCUAAAACCUUAAGUUAGACAAAAAAUCUGCAAUUGGCAUUCUCCAAGCGAGACGACGAGCAUUCCACCUUCUCUGUCAUUUCGGUGUCUUACUCCCCCUCCACUGAGGCCUGUAGCUGUUCAUUCCCGCAAAUUUGAGAGCCCCACACGGUAUAAAAUCACAACCCAGAAAUAUUUUAUCAUACUUGUGAGGUAGCCCUCGCGUGAUAAUUACAUGUAGACAUUCAACGAGUCCUUUACAUACUGUAUUUUUUCGUGGUAGGUCUGGUCACUCGCUCAAGACAGUGAAAAGUGCCUGGGAACUCUGAGCCCAUUGGAGUCAAAUAUUCAUCUUCAUCCUCGUCUCCAGUUUGAUGGGAAAAUUAUUGCUUGUUCUUCAGAGGCGGGAGUUCUGUUGUGGGAUUUAAAAACUUUACAAAUAACAAGGUAGGAAAGUCGAUAGUUCAAAAAAUAUAUUUUUUGUACUGUUCAUAAAAAUCCUCGAGACAACCAUUCCUUUCAGGGUCCGAAGCAACUUCUAGCAGCUACUCGCCCAUUCGCCUUUUUAGAAACGAAAAGGGAACUGGACCGAGUCAACUAUUUCGCAAAAGCUUGUGGGAGUGUUACUUGGGACAGGGAAAAAAUUGGCCAAUAGCUGACCGGCUACCUUGAGAGCAGAGGCUUCAUUUUCGCUGUGUGAGCUGGCGUGCGAAAAGUAGCCUCUGCCGACAACCGUUCAAUUUUCUAUCGUGCAUGCGAGAAAUUCUUCACGCGAUUCGCAAGCAAAAGUAAUCGUCAUGCCUGUCAUCAAAUGGGGCGAGUUUCGCGGGAAUAUAAAAAAAUUGCGACAACUUCUGAUCUGCUACGCAAGACUUUCGCAAUGCUCUAAACCGGUCAAGAACAGGAAAAAACUCGUUUUUUUUUUUAUUUAUUCGUCCAGAUCAUUUCUGGAUGGAGUUGAACGGUUGUCGGCAGAGGCUACUUUUCGCACGCCAGCUCACACAGCGAAAAUGUAGCCUCUGCUCGCACGGUACUGACCGGCGCGUCCCUCGGAAACAAUUGCGGGACAAAUUUCAGCUCCAGUUCCCUUCUCGUUCGGCUAACGCGGCGAACUGCAUUUAUUCCGGUGGAUUUUCUUGCGUAGUAUCAGUGAUAACUCGGCCGGAGACAGAUAAACGAGCGCAGCAAACACAAUGUCAGCGCGAGAAAAUCGUUGGGAACACUGAGAAUGAGUGCAAAGAUACCCCACGUUUUCUAUAAAUUUGCUCCAUGCAACUUGGCGUAGAAGUACGUUAUGAGAACCUUAGGGAUCUGACUACUCAUGAGUGUGGGUCUAAAUGCGAGUUCGAGAUCGUAAACUAAGGUCAUGUGGUUUUGCCUAUUUGCCUAUGAUCACCUAACCCAGCAACCUUGUCCCCAACUUGUGCUGGUCAGCAGUAGAAAGGAAUGAGAGUUCUGAAAAAAAAUAUCAAGCUCCGCUUAGAAUUCCAAAGUCGUUCUCGUACUAGUAUCAUUUAAGCACGGUUUUGUCUACCAACUCUUGGGUCCUCCUGUGGUCGCUUGAGUAGUCAGCCUCGAAGGUCGGUAUUCAAGUACAUUAAUCGAUACCUCUGUUAUUAAAGAUUGUAUGGUCACUGCUAGAGACUGUUACCGUAUUUAUUCGAUUAACCGCCCUGGGUGCUUAUUAAAGUUUUGGACCUUUAGAGUGGGCGCUUAUUCGAGGCUGGGCGCUUAUUAAAUUCUCACCGUUUUCAGCAAGUGUAGUAUGUUUAUUUCCAACAAAACAAUAAAUGGUAAUAAAAAAAUGUAACAAGAUGUAACAAAGCAAGGUUUCUGUAAACUACUCUGAAGAACACUCCGUCUUUGGGGAAGUCUCUCAGUAUUAGUACUUCAAUUUCAAUUUCAAUCUCAUUGUCACUCAAGUGGGUGGGGUGGGGUGGGUGCUUAUUCGAGGCUGGGCUGCCCUUAGCAUGGGCGCGUAUUCGAGGUGGGCGCUAAUUCGAGGAUGGGCGCUUAUUCGAAUAAAUACGGUAUGUCCCUAUUGGUUCGUUUCUAGUGGUCGUGAGAUGGGGCCGAUUCCCAACACUAUUGUGUUAAAGGAUUUUUGUAUCAUUGCAUUACUCAUAAACUGGUUAAUAGAAAUUUUGUAAUCGAUGAUAACUCUUUGGAAAAGGGCGCGUUUUUUUUCUAAAAUACUCUUUAUUACAUUUAUUCGCAGGGUCCUCACCGCAUCGCCUUCCAAGUGGCUGGUGGCUUACGGACACGUGUAUACUCUUCUAAUGGACAUGAACUCUCUAUAUGUGGUAAGGACAACAGACGAGCGAAUCGUGGCGGAGUAUUCUCUUCCUCCGUUUAGAAGGUCAGUGCGUGGCUCUAACUUUAUCCCCGGUGAAAUCACGUGGCUUGAUGGUCUCCCUGCCAUACCCCUAGAGAACCUUAUAUUCGCCACGAGCAUGCCGGACUACAGUGUUUUACUACUCAUACUCAAAGGCGGAACGUGA